UAUUAGUAAGGAGCACUAUCCUCCUUUUUCUGUCCCUUUUAUUAUUAGUUAGUUUUUCCUUAGAUUGAAGACAGACACAAAUUAAAAAAUGAUUCAUUUCAUACUUCUAAUUAAUCGACAAGGCAAAGUGAGAUUGACAAAAUGGUACUCUUCAUAUUCACAGAAGGAAAGGUCCAAAGUCAUUCGCGAACUAAGCAAUGAUAUUCUUCGACGAGCUCCAAAGCUCUGCAAUUUCGUCGAGUGGAGAGGUUUCAAAGUAGUAUACAGGAGAUAUGCUUCCCUAUAUUUCUGUAUGUGUAUCGAUGCGGAUGACAAUGAGUUGGAGGUCCUCGAACUCAUUCAUCAUUUUCUUGUGAUCUUGGACGAGUACUUUGGCAAUGUGUGCGAGCUGGAUUUGAUCUUUAACUUCCACAAGGCUUAUUAUAUACUGGAUGAAGUUUUGCUUGCUGGUAACCUUCAGGAGACAAGCAGGAGAGUUGUUAGAAGGCUUAUAUAUGCACAGGAUUCCUUGGUGGAGAGUGCAAAAGAGGAGGCCAACUCCAUAAGAAAUGUUAUUGGACUAGGUCACAGGUAGAUUUUGCAUG